AUGAAGUUCAGCUCAUACUUGAUACCUGGAUGGCUUAUUGCUUCUUCUGGAGCCAGUCCUAUAUCUUCAAUUGAACCACGGGCAAUUACUUGGUGUGGAAGUUUUGGAAGUCAACAAGCAGGCCCAUAUACUAUAUAUCACAACAAUUGGGGAGCUGCAACCGCCACUUCUGGACAGCAGUGCACAACUUUCAACUCGCUUCAAGGCAAUUCAGUCUCGUGGUCAACCUCAUGGACCUGGACGGGCGGGAACUCAAACGUGAAAUCGUACUCCAAUGUUGCGCUGGAGAACGUCGACAAAGCACUAUCUGGGAUAAUGUCCAUCCCAUCAGCGUGGAAUUGGCAAUACAGUGGAUCUCAGCUUGUCGCUGAUGUAGCCUACGAUCUAUGGCUUGCACCAUCUGCAUCUUCCGCCAAUCAAUACGAGAUAAUGAUUUGGUUGGGCAAAUACGGUGGUGCAGGCCCUAUCUCCAGCACAGGAAGUACACCAAUUGCUACGCCUACAAUCAACGGUGUUUCGUGGCAACUAUUUAAAGGCCCUAACGGUAGCACUACUGUCUUCUCGUUUGUGGCACCUAGCAAUAUCAACAGUUGGAAUGGCGACCUGAAGCUUUUUUUUAAUUAUCUCACGUCCAGUCAGGGUGUAAGCACAAGUAUGGUUGUGACAAGUCUUCAGGCAGGCACAGAACCAUUUAUAGGUUCAAAUGCUGUAUUUACCACAACACAAUACUCGAUUUCCGUUGCUUAA